AUGACUAUACCAAACCCCCAAAACUACUUAGCGACCGUGACUUGGAACGACAUCUAUAAGAGCCCAUCCACGUCUCAUCUCAGUCUCUCGCCAUUUGAAUCAGAAGUCUUCCGGGAAUCCGCCAAAUUGGCGGCCAACGUGAAGCUGGUCGCUAUCAAAGCCGAGACGGUAUCAGUGGAACCCAAUGAGGUGCUGCUCUAUCGUCUUAUAGAGCUGGAAGAGAAGAUGUGGCUGGCGUUGACGUUAUUCAAGACGUCAUAUGGGACGUCAUCAGCGAACAGCAGGGCUAGGAAUCUACUAUCGGCUUCCAACCCCCACAGCGAGCUUAUCGAGCCGGGAACGGAAUGUUACCACUCCAGAAACGCAGCGUCAUUCCCACCUCGCAUCGAGAAGGAGUCCGCAAUUAGUCCGAAACUAAUACUGGAGGCGAACCUGGUAGACCAUCUAUUCCUGUCAACUGGUAUACAGUACGCAUCUUCUGGUAAUCUGCGAGAUGACACGACUUACAAGCCGACUCUUCAAGGUGGUCUCAUUAGUUGGGGCUACCGAAUUAAGCUGGGCUAUAGCGGAAAAGACGCGGACGAGCGUACAAAUAUGCUGAGACGGUGA